ACUCUCUGCGCGACGACGUCGACGCCAUGGAUCUGGAUGACGAAGACGACGAGGACGAGGAGAUGCUGCAAUUGAAGCUGCAGGCGAUCCAGGCGAAGCUCAAGCUGAAGAAGCUACAGAGUGCCAAGGCUAAGAAGGCGCUAGGGGGGGGUACGGCUCCCCCGAGGUCUGGAAAUACACCCAUACCAGACAUCCCUCUAGUAGGCAGGGCGCAGUCCCGAGCGGAACCGUCGCGUGCCGAAGCCCGCUUGCGAUCGCAGUCCCAACCCGAUAUCCAUGUCCCCGCGUCGCCGGUGAGGAGAGCGCCGACGGCACAGAACGAUAACUCUCCUAGCAGAGUACGUCUGGGCAUCGAUAAGGGCAUCAAAGCCAAGGACGUCUCGUUGAAGAGGGCACCGAGUUUUAGGCGGACCGAGAGCCAGGCCAGCACACACGGGGGUUAUCUACGAAGAGCCCACACCCCCUCUCUUCCCAAUACAGAGCAGCCGACGAGGCAAGAGCGGCCGUUGACUUUCAGCGAGAGACUAGCCGCGGCGAGAUCAGACGAGGCAAGCCGACAGGAGAGACGGGAAAGGAUAGAGCAAGUUAGGAGCAAAGCUUUCGAGCUCGGUAGAGAGGAGAUGGAGCAGUUCAAGAGCAAAGCUACCGAGAUUCCUGACGCCCCGCUACAGCCGGAACAGUACAGCCGUGAAGAGGUGAUGGCUGGUCCUCGGAUCCAACGUAGCAAUACGAUGCCGAGUCUGAGCCGGUCGCGAGGAACUAGCCAUGAGUCCAGUUCGCAAGCAGAGACGUCCGCGCCCAAGAAAGCGGCCCCUUCAGAAGUGCCCGAGGAAGACGCCGCCGGAUUCGAGCCGUACUCGAGCGUCCAUCUCUCGAAGCGUGUGAUACCCCAUUCGGUCCUCACGCGGAACCUGACGGGCAAGAAGACAUAUGUACUCAAGGACUUGUUAAAACAUGUCAAGGCCCCUGAUUUCCAAUUACCUGAAAUCGAGCAAGACAUUGUCAUCUUUGGGAUUCUAGCCUCUAAAUCGGAGCCGCGUUCGCACAAGCCGACCAAUAACGCGAGGGAGAAAGAAACACACGACCCGUCCAGGGGCAAGUAUAUGGUCCUCCAGCUCGUCGAUCUUCAGUGGGAGGUCGAACUCUUCUUAUUCAACUCGGGCUUUGACCGGUUCUGGAAGCUGACGCCUGGCACCCUUCUCGCCGUCCUUAAUCCUGCAAUUAUGCCGCCACCACCGGGUCGUACCGAUACGGGCCGGUUUAGCCUAGUGAUCAAUAGCGAUCAGGACACCAUCCUCGAGGUCGGCACUUCGCGGGAUCUCGGGUUCUGCAAGAGUCUCAAGAAGGACGGCGAGUAUUGCAACAGCUGGGUCAACCGCAAGCGCACCGAGUUCUGCGAGUUCCACAUGAACACGGCACUAUCGAGACACCGACAGGCGAGGCAAGACAUCAACGCAUUUAACACAGGGCUCGGGCCCAGAUCGAAAAGGGAUAACGACGACCCCUUCGGAAAGAGGAGGCCGAACUCGUACCAACAACAGGACCGGGAGCAGAAUGCCAACAACCCGACGAAAUUUGGCAACGGGAGCUUCGACCGCGAAUCGCGGAGCCAGUGGUUCAUUUCCAAGCCUAGUGCCGCGUCGAUGCUCGACAACGAAGUGUUGGGCGGGCAAGUUGCGAGCCGCGUCGAACGCAGCGAGGCGUUGCGGCGCCGGCUCGCCACCGAGGAGAAGGAGCGGGAGCUGAUGAAGAAGCUGGGGAAGAUGGGGUCCGGUGCCGGGAAGGAGUAUAUGCAAAGAGGGGGGGGCGUCGCCGCGACAGGUAGAAGCGGUAGCUCCAUGACAACUCGCGGCGCGCAACUCAACGAUGACGAGGAGCAGCCAAGGCAAGAUAUAGACGCUAAGGCCCUGGGCUUAGUCGCGGAGAAGGGUAGAGAGCCCCGGAUGCAUCUGAGCCCCAUCAAGCGCAAGCGCGCACAAAGCGCCAUCUCGACGUCGUCGGGUUCCGGCUUCCCGGCGGGGACAUCUUUUUCCUCCUCUUCCUCCUUCUCCUCUCACACUACUAACAGCAGGACGACUAAGCCGUUAGGCUGGGGCGGCAAUCUCAGAGAGAAGCUGGGCCGCAUGAAAGACGGCGAGACGCUGCGGCCGAGUAGCAGCGCGACGCAGUACCAGCACCAGCAGCCCGAUAGCAGCGCGAUCCACAACACCACCAACGAUAGCCACUGCAGCAGCAGCAGCUUCACGACGGGAGGAGGCCGAGACGCGGCAGACGAUCCCAGUAGCAGCGGGAGCGGGAGCGCUCGGCCCCCAGCGCGCAAGAAGACCCGGUUCGUGACCGAGAAGGGGAUCCGGGAGGCCGGGCGCGAAAGCCUCGGCACGGACCUGCUCCUGGGCUCAUCUACGGCGUCCGGCUACGGCGACAACGACAACUCGAAACCCGGCCCCGGCGCGGGGAGCAGCAAAAAAGACGCGAGCGCGAGCGCGCGGACGCGGAUGAGACGCCAGGUGGUGGUCUUCGACGACGACAAUGAGGAGGAGCUGGAGAUCCUUGGUAUUUGAUUCCUGCCCUCCCCCGCCGAACAGAGACAUCCAUGACCACGACGGACACGGACACGGACACGGACGCGACCCUAGACGACGACAUCUCGCCCGAGGCGCUGGCCAAGAUCCUGACCGAGAUAUCGAUCGAGGUGGCGAUGGCCAUCGAGCUGUGCCACAAGAAGAACAAGAGGAGGAGGAGGAGAAGGAAAGAAGGCGCGGGCAAAGAAGAAGGCGGCAGUGGCGGCGGCGGGAAGACCGGCAAGAGCGGGAAAGGCGCCCACAAAGCUACUGCGGAAUUCUUCCGCCACCACCGCUACAUACCACCAAACGCCCGGCCGAGGGGCUCCGACGGAUGACGGGUGGACGGGACGGGACGGGACGGCAUAGAGGGCGGUGCGCGGGGGUAGACAAGGGAGGGAAAUACGAUAGAAGGAGUCAAGGAGUUCGGAAGAGGCGAGGCAGCGCGGGAUCAGGAGACACGGCGACGGGGCCAUUAUACCAUCCAUCCAUCCACAUAUACCAUACCCAUGUAACUAACCAACGCACUGUUGUACCAAGCCCCAGCCCAGCCGGCGCGAAAGGGGGGGCCCCGGGCGGAGUCAAGCUGCGGGGGCACAUGUUUUAAUGUCUGAUGAUGAAUACGCAAGCAAAUCGACCGACGGAUCGGGCCCGACCCGUGUGCGUGUGCGUGUGUGUGUGUCGGUGUGUGAAGUAGGGG